GAGAGCGCUAUUAUCGCAAAGUGCUGCACCCGAAGGAAGUUUGCUUUUAGUUUUAUAUACAGUACUGUAUAUUAGUUAUACUUCCCUCGCACAGGGAGAAUUCCACCACUUGCAAAUGGGAACCCGAAGUGUUGAUAGACGUGCUUAGGAGGGGAAUGUGAUGCUCAGCACGCGGCACGUGUUUUCCGGGUGCUGCAUCCGGAAGCCUCCUGCUCAAGAAAUGUGCUUGGUGCGCGGUGGUUCCGUGUGACGCUUUGUUCCGGAGUGUAAAGGGAUUAAUUUUUUUGCUUGGCUCGUUUUGCUGGUUUCGUGUCGUUUCUGCUGCUGACAUGAUCCCGAUGCCCGUGGUGGUUUGCGUGCUGGGGGGCUGGUGUGCCGUAUACCUGGCCGACACCGCAUUGAAGUCAUCUUCCUCCCUGAAGACAUCUUAUGAAGACUGGCUCACAUACUAUGGUCUAACCAUCUCUCCGUUUCACAUGCGAUGGCAGACGGCGCUCUUCAACCGCCUGUUUUACAACUGGGGAAGAUGGAAGCCCAGACUUCUUUAUCUAUGGUUUAGUGCGGGAAUGUUUUUUGGCAUAGCUGCUAUGUUUGGUUCUGUUAUUCUCCUCGGGAAGACACUGAUGCAGACACUCUCUCAGAUGCUAAGUGAAGGGCCUGCCGGCCAGAAUGAUCAGAUGCUGCAAGUUGUGGUGCCUGGUGUAAAUCUUCCCAUCAGCCAGCUGUCCUAUUUCUUCACAGCUAUCCUUAUCAGCGGUGUCAUACAUGAAGUUGGCCACGGGGUGGCAGCUAUCCGAGAGCAGGUUCGAUUCAACGGAUUUGGAAUCUUUAUAUUUAUUGUUUAUCCAGGGGCAUUUGUUGAUCUGUUCACCACCCACUUGCAACUCAUUUCCCCAAUCCAGCAGCUGAGAAUAUUUUGUGCAGGAGUCUGGCAUAACUUUGUGCUUGGAGUUGCAAGUCUUGUGGUCCUCUUCUUUCUGCCAGCUGUUCUUUUCCCAUUUUAUUACACUGGUGCUGGGGCACUCGUCACUGAACUCACAGAGGAUUCUCCUGCUAAUGGGCCCAGAGGGCUUUUUGUUGGUGACCUUGUCACCAGUCUGCAAGACUGCUCAGUUCACAGUGUGGAGGACUGGAAUUCCUGCCUGGGAAAGAUCUCUCUGAAGCCACAAACAGGCUAUUGCAUAAAGACAUCAGUGCUACAACAGCUAAGCUACCCGUCUAGAGGUUUUAAAAGGCUUGACGGCACUGUUGAAUGUUGUAGCAACAACAGCCUCACAGACGUCUGCUUUUCAUACAGUAAUAACUUAAACGGUCAGUCGGUCCAGUAUGCCUGUCUGCCAGCACGGAAAGCUAUUGAGGCCAGCCAACUUUGCCGAACCAAUACGGAUUGCCGGAGGGAGUUUGUUCCAAGUUUGUGUGUGACGCCUUCUCUGGAAAACCAAACUAGGCUUAUCCGAGUGAAACAUCCACCUCAGAUGGAUAUGCUGUUUGUUGGGCACCCGCUGCAUCUCCAGUAUACAGUGAGUCUCAGCAGUUUUGUACCUCGACACGGCUUCCUCAGUAUCGAUCUGCCUGUGGUAAUGGAAACAUUUUGCAAGUAUCUCAUUUCCCUCUCUGGAGCGCUGGCUGUAAUCAACGCAGUCCCGUGCUUUGCUUUGGAUGGCCAGUGGAUAUUAAACUCUUUCCUGGAAGCUACUCUUAGCACGCUGGUUGUCGAAAAACAAAACAGGGAGCUAAUUGGCUUUUUAAUUUUGCUCUCUGGCAGCACACUUUUAGCUGCCAAUGUGGCGUUAGGACUUUGGGUGGUGACAGCCCGAUAGCACAUUUUUUGUUCAUUUUGACAUCUGAUAAUUUAUACUAGGCACAUGGGAACUAGUGAAAUUGUGUGUGUGUGUGUGUGUGUGCGCGCGUGCACGCAUCCAUGUGUGUGUUUGGACAAGAAGACCACAAGCAGCUUCAAUCAAAUUAUGGCACAAGAAAGAUUACUUUCCUGUGAGCUGUAAGUAAUUCAGGACUGGAUGGUUGUGAUCUUAAAAAUUAAAUUAUUUCUUCUUCAAUCAUUUGUGAAAACUUUAUUGGAAAGGCAGAAGAGUUAGACUUGGCUUAUUUAGAUGUCCUAGCAAGCUCCUGUGCGCUGGAAAACUUGCUCUUCCAAAAGAAGGGGACAGGAAUAAUGUUGAGUUCAUUAUCCUAGCCAUCACUACAAGCUGUUAUUAGGAGCUAGAAAUGUUUGUGAUAAAUGCUGAACCCUUCUUUUAUGCUUAAAAUACAUGGUCCUGCACUCUAUACAUGCAGGAUUUUUGUGGGUGUAGAUAGGCAUUUGCCUUUGUUUGCAUGGGAAUAUUUUUCCCCCUAGAUGAGAGAAGUUCUGCACUGCAUUCUCAUUCUCUUAUUUUCUGUUUAAACUGCAUCAAUAUGUUGAUUAUUCAAAAUACCUUUUUAAAGGUUCCCCACCCCCUUAUUAUUUUAUAUUUGCAUUUUUAAAAUGUUUACUUUAGGCAGAUGAUUUUACCACGAUCCUCAAUUUUAUCCUAGCCUAUGUUGAUCUGAGAAAAAUAAUGGUAUGUUUAUGUGUUUUUAAUAAUUGGUUGGAAGUCUUUUUGAAUGUGUCAUGGCAUAGAAGCAGGAUAUCAAUUUAAAUAUUAAAAUUAUGAUGUGUCAUUGCUAAUUUAUACUUCAUUGUAAAAAUCUGUAUCAGAUGGAAAAGUACUGUUUGAUAUUCAGAGAGAAUGUACAUAAUUUAGGCUCACUUACUUAAUAAGGAGUAAGUCCGUUAUGCUGAAUGAGACUUCAUUUUGAGUAGAUGUGCUUAAGAUCAAACUGCACAAUGAAUACUUUGCUGGUUUCUUUAAGUGACCAAUCCUACUUUUAAGACUUCAGAUGCAUAUAGAGUUAACAUGUUUAUUUCUAUGUAAUGAUCUGAUUGUGAUGAAUGUAACCAUAUAAUUAAAUGCUUACCUUUCUCUGGGUUUACAAAAAUAAACUUUUUUGUUUAGUUAGAAACUCCAUUA